AUGUUUGUUAUUCAAUUGUCGCAAACGUUGAAACCAUAUCUUGGAGUGCAUGAAACGCCAUCGAAGGAUCUCAUUGACAAGUUUGAGAAGGCUGUGUUCUGUGUAGCCACGAAUUUUACAUUGCAAAUCAAGCCAGAGGACCAGAGCUUUUUGUAUUUGAGGUACAAGAAGAUUAGGAGGCCAUUGAGUAAGUUUUUUGUUUAUUUUUGUUGUUUUAGGGUUCAAAGUGCAUGGGAAGAAUGGGUUUCGCUAUAACUAUAAAGACUAGGCCGCUAAAUUCUUUGUUUACUAAAACAUGCUGCAGAUAUUAAUGAAGAUGUAUAGUGCAAGAAACGGAUUAAUAAUUUCCGAUUAGCAACAAAAUAAAAAUCAUAUUGUUUUAGGUCCAGCUGAGUACAUUCUUCAUCCUCGAGUCUCUCUCGGUUUAGCUUCUUUAUAUGGGUAUUCUGAUUCAGAUUUGAUGCAGCAAUAUGUUGACAAGGUUGUUGAACUAAAUAUAGGAUUUGAUCCAGAAGCAGCGCCAUCAAAAGCUCGUAGUGGGUUCUCUAAAGGUGUAUCUAGCCGUCUGGUAAGAUAAUGUAAUUUUCUUAUAAUCCGACGUUAGAUAUAAAAUUUAUUGGUGCAAUAUUGUUAACUAGAAUAUAUUGAAGAUUUUAGAAGGAGAUUGAAGAUGACCCAGAAUUUGUUGAUGGAGAUCUAGUUCAAUUGGUUGACUACAUAAGAGAAGGUAAUCUGGAAGAAGUCAAGAACUUAAUUUUGGCAAGGCCUGAGUUGUUAGAGACUCAUAUGGAAGGGGUAGGACAUUCUUUAUCUUUUGUUUUGUUUUUGGGUUAACUAUGAAACUAAAAUGACGGUUUACAAACAAAAACUUUUGUUACAAGUGAUGUUAACAUUAUUUUUCAAAGUUUUGAAAAGUUUCUUGGCGUAAUGGUUGAAUAAUGGAGAAGUUAAUAUAUUUUUGUGCGUUUUCAGAUAUACCCAAUUCAUCACGCAGCAGAUUUUGGUCAGCUUGACAUAUUGAAUAGCUUAAUAGACCUUGGAGCUUCUCUAAAACAACAAGAUACUGCAGGGCAAACUGUUUUACAUUAUGGUAAGGUUUUGUUAAAUUUUUCGGUUUUAGGUACUUUGGAUGUUGGUUACUGGGGUUUUAAAGUAAAAUAUGUUUGUUUAGAAGUAAAAUACGCUGAAUAUGUUUUCCCUUUAAAGUGUUACCUAAAACAAUGUUUUACCAAAAUCUACCUAAACUAAUAAAAACAAAUUUUAGCAGCCAGCAAUGGACAUUUUGAAGUGGUGCAAUACCUUCUGGCUAAAGGCUUGGACCCAGAACAUAAAUGCAAUGAUGGUCUAACACCAAAAGAUAUAGCUGAUGUUGAGAUAAUAGAAUUGUUUGAAGUCUCGGAAGCUUAG